ACCACCAAACCACGCCGUCGCUACGUUCAUCGUAUUACGUUUUUUCCAUUUUGACACUUACGUUUCACGAUCUCCUCCUCUGCAUCGCCUUCGCAUCGAGGAGUCUAAAAGUCGACAAAAUGAUCGCACUUUGGGCUUUCAUUGUGAUGGCAUUUCUCUAUAAUUGGAUGUUCGUGUCUUCUUCGAUAUUGACACCACUCCAGGAUGAUAGUAGCUUGAGAAUCUUCAAGGAAUCGCCGAAUGAAUUUGAAUAUGUGAUAAAAAGACAUGGCAUCAAUGAGCUUAAAGAAAAUACCGAAACCAAAGAGAGACGCAGCACUAUGGGUUCUUCCUUCAUUAGAUUCGGACGCAGUCAGCCUACCUUCAACCUCGCCGAUAAUUCCGUCUUCGACGAAGAAACUAAUUCGAUGGUCAGCAGGCAUCCCCGAUGGAAGUCGCCGGAUAUCGUGAUCAGAUUCGGUCGAUCUAACUUCAAGGCUGUCAACGAUGGAGAACUCAAACGCGGGCGAAAUGAUCUCAAUUUUAUCAGGUUUGGUCGUAGUGUACAAGUCAUGCCGGCUUCUCUCGAUUUAUCUGCGGUGUGUUCGGAGCUUAUGUCAAACAUCGUGAUCAGCGACACGAAAUUACAUCCGGAUGUGUCGAGGUUUCUCCGUCUUUGCAACGGCCUGAACAAGAUAACCGAAAUCAGUUUGGACACUUCAGAGCAUCAGGAUAGCCCGAGUCGUCACGAGUAGAUGAGCCUGCUUGCUGUUAUCCGAGCUCGUCCGAGAUCCGAGAUCGUCCCAUGCGGAUUCGUCCUGUGGAUUCGAUGUCGAAUGUCAACGAGGAUUCGUAGCGUUCCAGUUUGUCGAAUCAA